AUGAAAUAGAUUCUUUCUUAGAGUUUUACACCUGAAACAGCACCAACACUGUUUAGAUAGCAAUCAGAGAGACCUACUUUAUUGUCAAAGUAGCGAAAUCAAAAAGAAUAUGAUGCAAAAGAUUUAUAUACUUUAAUUGUCAAUAACCAUAUAAUAAAAGAGAUUGGGAUUAUUAAUUUCUUUAAAGAAGAAGAUAGAGAAUCAAUUUUUAAAAAUCAUAUUGUGAAUUACGUAAUCUAAAUAAGAACAGAUUAUAUUGAUUAUACAAUUCCUAAGAGAUAUUCUGAAUUUGAGAAAUUAUAUGAUUCAGUAAAUAAAUCAAAUGAAUUUUAGUUACCAAUUUCUUAGAAAAACAUGCCUAAGUUUCCUUCAAAAAAAGUUAUUUAAACAAAUUCUAAAAAAACAAUUGCUAAAAGAUAAGAAAUGCUACAAAGUAUAAUAUAAAAGUAAUUAGAAUUUUUAUAAUAUUUGUUACAUCAUUUAGACCAUUCAUUAUAUAUGUUUUUGGACUUUAUAAAAAUUAAAGGUAUUUAUAAAAAAAUAAAAAAAUCUUAGAAUAAUUUUAGAAAGGUGGUUUUGAUUAAAAUGUGAAAAUGCAUUAAUUUAGUAAAGAUGAAAAUGCAUUGUAUGAUCUAUUAGAAACAAGUCCAAAAAAAAUAUAACCUAAUAAUUAAGCUGAAUCAAUGAUAUUUCAUUAUUUAUAGAAAUUAAAUGAAACUAUUAAUGAAAGAGGCAAAAUAUUUUAGUAAAUCAUUAAAUUUAUAAUUUUAGAAAGAUGGAAAAAUAUUAUUUUGGUAAAAUACAAUAAAUAUCUCCUUUACUUUUAAAAGUAUUAUUUAUUGGAGAUGAUGAAAGAGAACUUUAAGGAAUAAUAUAAAUGUUAUCAAUUUAAACUAAUGAUAUGCAAAAUCAUAUUAGUUGUAUUAAUGGAUUCUAAUUCUUUAGAAAAAUUUUGGAAUAUGAUUAUAAUCCAAGUAAUAUCAUUAAAAAAUAUUAAUUAGAUGCUGAAUAAGCAAUUAAAUUAUUAAGUGAAAUCAGCAUUAAAUAAUUUAGAACAAUGAAAAUAUAAUCUCAUAUUUGUGGACAAUAAAAGUUAUGCAAAUAAGAUUCAUUAAUGAUUCUACAUAAAUACAUUCAAUAAAAUCAAUUGAAAAAUUAAAUGAUUAAUUAUUUAUUAGUUGAUGAUGAAGCUAUUAGAGAAUAUGAUUGUUAUGUUUAGAAAUAAGUGAAUAAAAUUAAUGAAGAAGUUAAAUAAGUAAGAGAUAGCAAUGAAAAUUUAUAAGAAUUAUUACCUACAAAAUCAAAUUCUAUUGAACAUCCUAUAUUAGAAUAAGAUCCUACACUUGAUUAAUUAAUUGAAAUAAGUUAAAUGAAUUUAAAUUGGAAAUAUGUUUAAGGUAAUUUUAUUAUAAUUAUAUAAAGAAUGUGAAAGACACACUAUGUAUCAUCUAUAAGGAUAAUUUAUUAAAACAAUUCAUCCAAUUGAAUGUUCUAUUGAUAGAGCUAUAUUAAUAUUUACUGAUCUUAAAUAAUAAUGGUUUCAUGGAAUGAUAUAGAAAGAUAUAUUAGAAUAGAUUAAUGAAAAUAAAAGUGUUAUUGUUGAAUAUUUUGUUUGGGAAGAUAAAUCAACAUUUAAGAAAAUGGCAUUUAUUAGUGAUUAAGAGAUUCUUAAAAUUAAUGAUUCUACAUAUUAAAUAACUAUUGUACCAAAUAAUAAAUAAUAAUUACCAAAUCAUUAUAAAUUGAAAUGUGAUUAAAAAGGUAUUUAAAAAAGUUUAAUAAAGUUUAGGUCAAAAAAUGAGUCUUAUUUUAAUUAAGUAAAUAUAACCUAAUCAUAUUGAAGUUGUGAUUUAUCAAAAUAUAAUGGAUCUUACUUUUAGAACUGCAUUAACACCAGUUAUAUUGAAAGAGAUUCCUUGGUUCAAUAAUACCAUAACUAAACUAAAAGCUUUGCUAUGA